AUGCGGCUGCCGCCCGCGCUGCGGCUCGGGGCCGGGUACCGGCAGGGGCAGCGCCCGGGGCCGCGCACCCGCGAGUAUUUCUACUACAUCGACCACCAAGGGCAGAUCCCAGGCGGACCCAGGGCAGAUCCCGGUCAGAUCCCAGCUACACCCCAGGACAGAUCCCAGACGGACCCAGGACAGAUCCCGGUCACACCCAGGACAGAUCCCAGACAGAUCCCAGGCGGACCCAGGGCAGAUCCCAGGCAGAUCCCGGACAGAUCCCAGCUACACCCUGGGCAGAUCCCAGACAGACCCAGGACAGAUCCCGGGCAGAUCCCAGCUACACCCCAGGACAGAUCCCAGACAGACCCAGGACAGAUCCCGGUCACACCCAGGACAGAUCCGAGACAGAUCCCAGUAACACCCAGGACAGAUCCCAGGCGGACCCAGGACAGAUCCCGGGCAGAUCCCAGCUACACCCCAGGACAGAUCCCAGACAGACCCAGGACAGAUCCCAGACAGAUCCCAGUAACACCCAGGACAGAUCCCAGGCGGACCCAGGGCAGAUCCCGGACAGAUCCCGGGCAGAUCCCGGACAGAUCCCAGCUACACCCUGGGCAGAUCCCAGACAGACCCAGGACAGAUCCCGGGCAGAUCCCAGCUACACCCCAGGACAGAUCCCAGACAGACCCAGGACAGAUCCCGGUCACACCCAGGACAGAUCCGAGACAGAUCCCAGUAACACCCAGGACAGAUCCCGGGCAGAUCCCAGACAGAUCCCGGACAGAUCCCAGCUACACCCUGGGCAAAUCCCAGACAGACCCAGGACAGAUCCCGGGCAGAUCCCAGCUACACCCCAGGACAGAUCCCAGACAGACCCAGGACAGAUCCCAGACAGAUCCCAGUAACACCCAGGACAGAUCCCAGACGGACCCCGGUCAGAUCCCGGACAGAUCCCGGACAGGUCCCAGCUACACUCCGGGCAGAUCCCAGACAGACCCAGGACAGAUCCCAGGCAGAUCCUGGACACAUCCAGGACAGAUGCCAGACAGAUCCCGGACAGAUCCCAGCUACACCCCAGGCAGGUCCCAGACAGACCCAGGACAGAUCCCGGUAACACCCAGGACAGAUCCCAGACAGACCCAGGACAAAUCCCAGACAGAUCCCAGAUAGACCCAGGACAGAUCCCAGGACAGACCCCAGUAACAACUAGGACAGAUCUCUGACAGAUCCCAGCUACACCCCAGGCAGAUCCCAGAUAGACCCAGGACAGAUCCCAGUCACACCCCAGACAGAUCCUGGUCACACCUAGCACAGAUCCCAGACAGAUCCCAGUAACACCCAGGACAGAUCCCAGACAGAUUCUGGUCACACCCAGGACAGAUCCCAGACAGAUCCCAAAGAGAACCCACGUGGACCCGAGACAGAUCCCAGACAAAUCUUGGACAGACCCAAGACAGACCCCAAACCAACCUGAGACAGAUCCCACAGAGGGAUCCCGGGCUGGGUCCAGACAGAUCCCCAAAAAAAGAAAAAACACCCAGAUGGGCUCCGGACAGAUCCUGGGUGGAUCCCAAAAGGAUCCCAGGCAGAUCCUGGACCUGCCGGGGUGGGGGGGGGUACAGUUUUGAGGCUUUUUCCCACU